GGAACAAUUUAUAUCCCUGUAUAUAUUACAUAACAAGCACGCAAGGACACGCUUCGAAUGCGUGGCUCUCAGCCAGGGUCCUCUAUUUCACAUUCUCUUUUUAGUUAUUACAGUGGUUAAUUGGUAAAGAGGGUAUUCUGAAUGCAAAGUUAAAGUUAACUACAUUUCUCUUCGAAAACUCGUCGUGUCUGCUAGUACUCUCAAAAUGACAGCGAAACACAUAACGUCAUUAUCUCAGGAAGAAUUUAACAAUUUCAUGCAAUCCAUUGAUGUGAUUUUAUCAGAUUGUGAUGGCGUACUAUGGAGAGAAACAGAGGUAAUACAGAAUUCACCUGAGACAGUAAAUAAAUUCAAACAAAUGGGUAAAAAGUUUUUCUACAUAACAAAUAACAAUACCAAAACCAGAUCUGAAUUUAUAGAAAAAUGUAAAAAUCUCAAGUAUGACGCAACAAUGGAUGAAAUAGUGUGUACUUCGUUUUUAGCUGCUGUGUACCUAAAAGAACAAAAAUUUGAUAAAAAAGCAUAUAUAGUUGGCAGUAUUGGUACUGCUAAGGAGCUUGAAGCAGUAAAUAUUAAACAUUGUGGCAUAGGACCUGAUACCAUGGAUGGCGAUGAGGUGGAAUUGAUAAAAAAUUUUAAGCCAGAUCCGGAAGUUGGAGCAGUUAUUGUAGGCUUUGACAAAUAUUUUAGUUUUCCUAAGCUUGCAAAAGCUGCUACUUAUUUACAAGAUCCAAGCGUUCAUUUCAUAGGAACAAAUUGUGAUACAGAAAGACCUUCCCCAAAUACUAAUAGAUUUCCAGGAACUGGAUGCUUCAUAAGAUGCAUAGAAGCAGCAUGUAACAGGGCACCAGUGAUGCUUGGAAAACCAGAAUCUUUCCUAAUUGAAUAUAUAACAAAGAAGUAUGGUUUAAAACCUGAAAGGACGCUUAUGAUUGGUGAUAAUUGUUCCACGGAUAUUCUUUUUGGACAACGAUGUGGGUUUAAAACUCUUCUGGUAUUAACGGGUGUUACUACAAAAAAUGAAGUAGAUGCUAUGAAUGCACCUAAUGUAGAUUUAAAAAAUUGGAUAGUUCCGAAUUAUUAUGCAGAUGAAUUAGGUGAUGUACUAAAAAUGAUACCAUCUUGAUGAUCUUAAGAAACAAUUUUAAAACAGUUCAAUAUUAUUUAAAUUAAUCUCUUUAUUCUACAGAAUUAUAACAUAAAUUAUCGUUUCAAUUUUGUAAUUAUUUAUACUGUUUACAUUUAUAAUUUUACUUAAUUUUAAUCAAUUGAAUGUUUAUUUUUUAAAUAUUUAUAACCGUUUGAUUGUAUGUACACAGAACAGUUUGCGCACAACAAUAGAGUAUUACAGUAUUUAUUAUAAUAAUUAAUUACCUAAUAUAUUUAAAGAAAACUGAUUCUUUUUAUUAUUAAAAAUAUCCUAUAUUAAUUAAACACAAAAUGAAGGUACAAAUGUAAUUUUCCGAAUUAAUUUCAUAUUCUGUAUUUAUAAUAGUUCUUAUUUUUAUAAUUGUUUCUGAAAGAAACUAAAGAUUUAUCAAAGAGUAAUACAUAUUAUCAAGAAGAUCAAUGUUUGCGAUAGAAUUAUCAACUAAUAGCUAAUUUUUGUCUAAAUAUUUUGGUAACAUUGUAAUAAUGUGCAUGGUUCCUGCAGUUAAUAUAUAAAUUAUCCAAUUUAGCAAUGUAAUUAUAAUUGAUAUAUGUAAUCAUUUACAUACAUAUGUAUGUGAUAACAAUAAUAAACAUUAAGAGUAUAUACUGGUAUUGCAUAUCUUGUAAAGACAAAAUUUUAAAAAUAAAAAAAUCAUGAAGGAAAUGGU